AUGGUUAUUCCUGCUAUUGCUAUGGCUAACAUUGUUGUUAGAGUACCUUCUCUUUCUGUUCCUUCAAAUGCUUUCACUCUCAACUCCAAAAUUAAUACCCCUAACCAUAUACUUCAUCUCAACUUCUCACAAACCAACCACACAACAACCCCAUUUCCAUCUUCCUUAUCAUCAUCAUCAUCAUCAUCAUCAAAAUCACUCAGAAACAGGACUAGUUAUUCUGCGUUGGCUUCUCUUCCCCCUGCUUCUGAAUCCUCAUCUUCCAAUACUACACCCUCUUCUACUUCUCCUGCAACUAGGCUAUAUGUCAGUGGGCUAUCCUUUCGUACAACGGAAGAAAGCUUGCGAAAUGCAUUUAAGAAUUUCGGUCAACUCGUUGAAGUAAAUCUUGUGAUGGAUAAAAUUGCGAAUAGACCAAGAGGGUUUGCUUUCCUUCGUUAUGAAACUGAAGAGGGAUCCAACAAGGCUAUAGAAGGAAUGCAUGGAAAGUUCCUGGAUGGUAGAGUCAUAUUUGUGGAAAUCGCCAAACCAAGAUCAGAGCUGCGACAAAGAUUCAAACAGAACACUGUGUAG